GGCCGGAACCGAAGCGUGGUGCCCGGAAAAAUAGGGCGUGGAAAGCUGAAUCUUUUUUUGCUAGUAUUGCAAAGAGCACCACUUGCUGAUCUUGGGCCAUUCAAGAAAACGAACUUUCAAUGUCUGGUGAUUCUGUAGCUCAAGUCUUGACAGCUCUUUCGGCUUUAUACUCCACUGGUGAUCCUAAAUCGAAAAGGGAAGCCAGUCGGUGGCUCGAAAAUUUCCAAAAACAGCCCGAAGCUUGGUCAGUCGCCGAUUAUCUGUUAAAUUCCACUGACAGCAAUUUGGAGUCGCGUCUUUUUGCUGCGCAGACAUUCAGACAAAAGAUUACAUACGAUCUGUGUGAGCUAGAUGCAGCUGCUCGCAAUUCCCUGCGUGCUUCUCUUCUGCAACUAUUAUGGCUGUCAACUUCCGGUCCCAAAGCUCUCAUGAUACAGCUUUGUCUAGCUGUCGCCGAUCUCGCCAUCCAGCUUGUCGACUGGAAGACGCCUAUUCAAGAUAUUUUUGGCAAAUUUGGCGAAACCGUCGAAACCGCCCCUUGCGUUCUUGAAUUCCUCAAAGUAUUACCCGAAGAAAUGAGCGGCAACAGUCGUUUACCGCUUUCGGACAAAGAAUUCAAGGAUCGCUCCGUCACUCUUAUCGAGAAUAAUGCUGUCGAGGUACUGAAAUUACUCCUCAUAUAUAUGGAAACCAAUGCUGGCAACGUUGAAAUUCAAAUUUCCGCUUUACGAUGCCUUUCAAGCUGGUUACGUACAGGCGACAUUGACAUCAACGUGUUGAGCAAUAGUCCGCUACUCAAUUUGGCAUUCGAAGCAUUAUUGCAAGACGAUCUAUUUGACGUGGCCGUGGAUGUUGUUUGCGAGAUCAUAUAUGAAACGAGGGAUGUUAUGGAGUACAAAGGCAUCAUCGAAAAGAUAUACCCACGUCUCACGCCUAUGCUUGGGGCUUUAAAAAAGGCCAAAGAGGAGGAGGACACCGAUAUGGUUCGCGGAUUUUGUCGAAUGUAUAUUGAAGCCGGUGAAGCCUACGUGUCCUUGAUUGCUCAACAUCAAGAAUCAUUUAUUCCCAUUCUGGAUGGUAUCUGCGAAUGCACAGCCUACAGUGACCUCGACAUUGCGCAAAUGACAUUCAAAUUUUGGUACGAAUUAACAAACACACUCACCACAUCUCAUUACGAAGGCGCUAUAUCAUCUUUCCAGUCCUAUUUUGAUCGAUUGGUCGACAUCAUCAUCGAUCACCUGCAUUACCCUGAAGACGUGACGGAAUGGUCAGCAACUGAACGAGAUGACUUUCGUGACUUCCGCCACGAAAUGGGUGAUACUUUGAAAGACUGUUGUCGUAUUCUUGGUCCGCAAAAAUGUCUUGCUAAACCGAUGAACCGAUUAGCCGCUCUUUUACAAAAUGCAGAUCAAGCAUCCUGGCAGCAAAUCGAAGCACCCAUUUUCUCUCUUCGUGCGAUGGGAUCCGAAGUCCCUGUCACUGAAGGAGAAGUCAUGCCGCAGAUCAUGGAAUUUCUCUCCAAACUUCCCGACCACCCCAAGAUCCGUUACGCUGCGACACUCGUUAUUUCGCGCUACUCGUUGUGGACCAGACAUCAUCCACAGUUCAUCACCUAUCAACUCAACUUUAUCUCUGCCGGAUUCCAAAAUGAUGAAGUAGCCGCGGCUAGUGCUUUGGCUCUGAAACAUCUGUGCAAAGACUGCAGCAACUUGCUGGUGGAUUACAUUGGGCAAUUGCAUCUGUUUUACGUUAAUGUCAUCAAAUCGUUACCGUUUAUUGAUGCACGAGAAGUGACCGAAGCCGUUGCUCACGUACUGGCCGUCCUUCCGGUGGCCGAAUUACAAAAUGCUUUGCAGCUUUUCUGUAUGCCACUUGCUCAGGAUCUUCACACUUUAUUAUCACGAGGUAAAAGUAAUCUCAGUCAGGAUGACUGUGUUCGCGCAGGAGAUACUCUGGAAGAGAUUGGUGCGUUUUUCGAGAUCAUUCAUCCCGAUAUUCCUCUUGGGCAACCACAUCCUUGUGUCAGUUUCUUUGGAGAAUUAUGGCCUGUAUUCGAUCUGUGCCUUUCCAGCUAUGGCGAUGAAAGUACCCUUUGCGAACCACUCUGCAAAAUCUUUAGGAGCUGCGUUCAAUCCUACAAUGUUCACUUUGUUUCCAUGUUACCGCAGUUGAUGGAGAGAAUAAUCACUGGAUUUGAACAAAAUGGCCUUAGUGUGUAUAUAUGGGCUGCGGGACGGGUCGUACGCGAGUACGCCGUAGAAGGAACCGAAGCCGUCGGACCAUGUUUCAACUUCCUGGAACGUUUGAGUAAUGCAGUCUUCAGCAAGAUCAAUGGCCGCAAAUUCGAUGAUAUUCCUGAUGUGAUUGAGGACUAUUUCCGGUUGGUCACAUCCUUUUUGGAUCGAGCUCCAACAUCGCUUGUUCAAAGCUCAUUACUUCCGUUGAUUUUCCAAGCUGGUCUUGCGGGGCUAUCCCUAGAAGAAGAAAAGGCGCUUACGGCUGUCAUCACAUUCUAUCGACGACUUUUCGGCAUUGCGUUAUCCGUAGAUGAACUUGUGACGCCUGAUACAGCUAGGAGCGCGGCGGCUAUUGGGCAGAAUGGUUCGCGCAUUGUGACUUUGAUCCGAGAAUAUGGCAGAAACUAUGUGAUGCUACUGUUCAAUGGGCUUAUUUAUCAUUACCACUGGGAUAUGAUUCCCGAUGUCGCCUCGAGUUUAAAAUCUCUGGCACAAUUAUUACCGGCGGAAAGUGCCCAAUGGAUCGUGGGCAUCAUGGAUAGCCUCCCGGAACAAAACUUGCCGACGCUUGAAAAGAACGAGUUUUUGGAAAAUUACAUGAGUGCGGUGCAGAGCAAACAGUGGACCAAAGUACGACGAAUCUUGACCGAUUUUGUUACUGCCUAUCGACGAAAAAAUGCCCAUCGGACGAGAAAAUAGAACAUGUAUGCUGUAUGCUAAAUAAAUUUUAGGCAAAAAGCUUUAAUAUGCAACAGGGAAGCUG